CGCAGCCCCUGCAACAGCAGCGCCAGCGCGCCCAGCGCCAGCCCGGCCCACAGCGCUCGCCGCCCCCACGCAGCGCCCAUGCCGCGCUCCACCGCCCCGGCACCGGGAGCGGGACCCGGGCCGGGACCGCCCCCGCCGCGGCCACGCCACACACGGCUAGAGCGGCUGCGCCGGCGCGGCGCGGCGGGGCGGGGCGGGGCCGGAGGCUGGAAGGGGCCGAUCCCUCCGGGUUUCUGGGAGUGGGGAGGCAUGGAGCCGUCGCUGGCCGGGGCAGCGGAGGGAGGCGACCGCUUCCGCGCCAGCGAGCACCAGCACGUUCGGUACAACCCGCUGCGGGACGACUGGGUGCUGGUAUCGGCCCACCGGGUAAAGCGCCCUUGGCAGGGUCAGCUUGAGAAGCCGCCCCCUGAGGAUGUGCCCCGCUGGGACCCCAAGAACCCCCUCUGCCCUGGGGCCACCCGGGCCAACGGCGAGGUGAACCCCAAGUACGAGGGUACUUUCAUCUUCCCAAAUGACUUUCCUGCACUGCAGCCUGAUGCUCCAGAGCCUGAUGACAGUGAUCACCCCUUGUUUCGAGCUGCCCCAGCCCGGGGUGUAUGCAAAGUGAUGUGUUUCCACCCCUGGUCGGACCUGACGCUGCCCCUCAUGUCCCUGACAGAGAUCCGGGCUGUCAUCGAUGCAUGGGCAGAGCUGGUGACGGAGCUGGGUGCUUCCUACCCCUGGGUGCAGAUCUUCGAGAACAAGGGAGCGAUGAUGGGUUGCUCCAACCCACACCCCCACUGCCAGGUGUGGGCCAGCAGCUUCCUCCCAAACGAGGCACAUCUAGAGGACCGGACCCAGCGCCAGCACCUGAGCCAGCAUGGCAUGCCCAUGCUGCUGGAGUACGCUGAGCAGGAGGCUCGCCGAAAGGAACGGCUGGUGGUGGAAAAUGCAGACUGGCUGGUUGUGGUGCCAUACUGGGCUACCUGGCCCUACCAGACCCUGCUGCUGCCCCGCCACCAUGUCUGUCGCCUCCAGGACCUCAGUGACAGUGAGAAGGACAGCCUGGCCUCCAUCAUGCAGAGGCUGCUCAUCAAGUACGACAAUCUCUUCGAAGUCUCCUUCCCCUACUCCAUGGGCUGGCAUGGAGCCCCCACAGGCCCCUACCUGGAGGAGGACUGCAGGCACUGGCAGCUCCAUGCCCACUACUACCCGCCACUGCUGCGCUCCGCCACUGUCCGCAAGUUCAUGGUGGGAUACGAGAUGCUGGCGCAGGUGCAGAGGGACCUCACCCCGGAGCAGGCAGCUGAGCGCCUGAGGAGCCUCCCUGAGGUGCACUACAAGAAGAGGGCUGAGGAGGUGUGAUGGGGAGCAGCAGAGCAUCCAGUCCUCGGAUGUGAGUGUGAGGAGGGGGUCUUACUGCUUCCCACCACUACCUGAAGGGAGGUCAUAGCCAAGUGGGGGUUGGUCUUUUCUCACAGGUAACUAAAGGUAGGAUGAGAGGGGGCAGCCUGAAGUUGUGUUAGGGGAGGUUUAAAUUGGAUGUUGGGGAAAAUUUCUUCACCGAAAAGGUGGUCAGACAUUGGAACAGGCUGCCCACAGAAGUGGUGAAAUCACUGUUGCCUGGAAGUAUUAAAAAAAAGUGUAAAUGUGGCACUUAGGGACAUGGUGUAAUGAUGGGCUUGACAGUGCUGCACUUACAGUAGAGGUUUAAGAUUGCAUCGUUUGGUGUGCUCGGUGAGGCCACAAGUCAGCUGGGAGUGGUGACAACUGAGGUCUGGGAAUUCAUGUCAGUUGUGAGCCCUUUGAGCUCCCAGAUUCUCCUGAACCUUGUCAUGGCUUGGGUGGUUUUUGGGACUGGUUUUACCUGUCUGGGGACUCAGGGCCUAAUUCUGUGGCAUCCUUGUGUAGGUGGUGUUCCUUAUCUCUUUCAGCAUCCCAGGCUCUGUCUUCUGCACCCAUGGCAUGCUCCUACCACCACUAAAGGGCUUACCCUCCUUAUCAGUCCAGUCUCACUGGUGGGACUGGGACGAUUUCUGCCUUGUGGAGGGGCACAACACCCCUGGACAAUAAAACCUGGAAGCAAAGUG